GGCGAGGCGAUUACAAUUUAUAACCAAAACAACAGCAGGCUUUACUGGUGGGGAAUCAUAAUCUGACAGUUAUCAGUCAGUUUUAUCUUUCACGAGUCCAGCAGUGUUAUAGCCGAGCAUCAUUUCACCAUUAUGACAGACAUGCACGUACACACAAUGCUCCCGUGUUUGUUGAUCCAGCCAAGACUUCCGCCUUAACUUUUUAAGAGGAGAAAAAAUGGGAUUCAAAGACCCCAUGCACAUGCAGUGAUGCCGUCUAAAACUGGUUCACUGAAAGUUGCCCACUGCUGCUGCUGCUGCUCGUUGGCGGUCACUACACUUGCACGCAGGGCGCCAAACAACAGCCAUCGGGUCAGAACACGUUCGGGCGCGGGACUCUGCAGACGUCGCAAGUACACACCUCCUCAUCCGUCCGUUCAUUGCGGCUAUAACUCAACAGGAGAUUGACGCUGUUGACAGUCGGCAGUUGGAUUUCAACGGGUUUUGUUAACUUUCAUCCCGAUUUGACGAUGAUGUUACUCACGGAAAACAGCAUGUUGCUGGUGUUGUUGUGUUUUAUGAUGCUGGUGGGACUGAUGGUCGUCAUCAAGGCCUGUUGCCAGUCGGAAUUCUUCCGGGGGAAAGACGACUCGUCACGUGACAGCAGUUCUGACAGCGUCGUUCAAGUCUCCGUGGUCGAGUCGACCGUCUCGACUCCGGUCCCUUACCACACCAACAUCAACAUCAUCCCAGAUGUCCUGUUCGAAAGGAGCUGCCGGAUGACUAGUAGUAGUGGCGACCAGCAUUUUAUCGAUAUCGAUUUCUCACUUCCGCCUUCCUACGAGGAGGCAGUCAAAAUGCCUCUGCCCUUUCGAUCGUCCAGUUGACAACUUGCAAAAUGCCCCAUUCGAGAACUUAUAUAAAUAUUGAUGGUCUUAUCAAAUAUUCCUAACACAACCAGAACAGAAAAGAAAGAAAAGAAAACGUUAAAACAUGAGAACUUGACCAAUUUUUACCGAAGAUGAUUGAGAGUAGCUGGACACAAAAGUGAUUUUCAAUCACAACAUCUUCAUUUCCUCUCUCCCUCCUCCCACAAAACAACUCGAGAGGAUGGCGGAACUGCCUAUUCCGCUGCUCUCUCUUUCUCAUCCUCGUGUUUGUAAUGUGUUUGGCUGUGCUUGUGCACUUUCACCAGACGCCUUGACCUCUUUUUUCUCAUUCACUGGCCCAUCUCCCUCCGUAUUCUGCUACUCCGAGUCUUGUUUUGUCGGCCACUAUCGGCCUACCUACCUUGUGUACUGUGCAGCACAGGGCUGGGAGAGAGAUUGGGGACGGGGAUUGUCAACCUGUCAAUCCUCGUCAUAAGGUCGAAAAAUAACUCUGACCUCGUUUUCCCAAAAAAAAAAAUACCUUUUACUUUUUCUGUCCGGAUGGGCCAAACUACCCCCCUUAUAAAUAAGUGUGAGGGUCACCAACUUUGUAUUCCAGUUCCAGUGCAUCACCUAUACCGACCCUAUGAAGCUCGUCCACUUCCUCCAGUUGCUGUUGCUCGGCGUCGCGGUUUACGGUCGUGCAAUCGAAGAGAAAAUAGCCGACACUCGGGUCGUCACGGGCGAUGCGGAGCAGCUUCCUUAUCGAUUCCGGUACAACGUGGCCAGUCAGGACUCUGGGGACUACAAGAGCCAAACGGAAUCUCGUGAUGCGGCUGGAGUCGUUACAGGAAUGUAUCGAGUCCUCCAACCUGAUGGUUGCGUGCGAGUCGUUCAUUACACAGCUGAUGCAAUGGGCUUCCAUCCGACAGUGACCUACGAAGGAGAUUGCCAGCAGCAGCAGACGGCCGGAUCGAUCAACCCAGCCGGCCCAGCAACGUCCUCCUCCGACUCGACUCUCCCAUCAGCCUCUUUAAAAGAUGUUUCCACGGCGCCCAUCAAUCCAUCGGCGGCGGCAUUCCUCUCCAGGCCCGUACUCAGCGCCGUCCCGGGUCUUAUCAAUCCGUUGACGACGACGACAACAGACGUACAAGAUUCGGCUCGAGAGACUUUCAUUAUUUCACGUCCCAGCCAGCAGCAGGAUUCAUCAACACCCGUUGGGUUGCAGGUUGGCAGCGCCAGCCCAUCAGCACCAGUGACGACGGACGCUGCUGCUGCAACGUCUUUAUCGCAGAAAAUCCCAGCCGACAUCGAUAGGUUGUGGCAGAGUUUAGGUCCGGCAACUGGCGUCGUGCCAACGACAACCAGUAAUGGAAACUCGGCUGCUGCUGCUCCUGUCAAAGCCCCAGCUGGGCAGCAGCAGAGUGCUGAGGAAAUUGUUGUUGAAAGUCUGUUGCCAGAGGGCCUUUCAACUCCGACUCGACUGAUGCCAGUGAGACUGUCUCUUGGCAACACGCAGCAAACUCUUGUCGACGUUGCUCAGGUUGAAACGACUAAACAGCAAUCCAUUAUUAACCAAGUGCCGGAAACUGUCCCCCUAGCUGUCAUAACCGGCAAAGUCCAGUCGACUGAUGUUGUUCCCGAUUCCAUUUUGAGCCUUUUGGAGACCUUCGAACCAACUAAAAGGUCCAAUCAAAAUGAUGACGACGUAGUUGCUGAUCCUCUAGAAGCUCAGCCGUCUGGAUUCUCUGAGCGCAUGUUGAAAGACGAAUCGCUGGAUUCAUCCGUCGAUUUGUCCGCUGUUGAAUCCGCACCGGAAGAAUCAUCAGUCCAGGUCGAGGAAACGAUCGAGUCCAAGACUUUUGUCGAGUCCGACGAACCUUCCGACGUGCCAGUCCAAGCCGAUGAGACGGCCAAGUCGCCGGAAGAAACGAUCGAAUCGAAAAGUAUUCCUCAGUCGGAUGAAACCGCCCACGAAGAAGAAGAAGAAUAUUCUUUUAAAUCCGUAGUCGAAGAAGAAACGAUCCAGCCCAAAAAUGCCGAUGCUCCGACUGAAUCCGAAUCUGAAAAGGAAAGAUCCUUGAGCACAUUGACUCAAUCCGCUCUGGGCAACGUCAAGAAUUUCACGGCUCCUUUAACUCAAUUGAUAUCGUCGUCGGUGCAAAAUCUGACCAAUCCCGUCACCGCCUUGUUCAACACCUUCAACAAGAAUAAAUUGACGACGACCGUUGCGCCAUCGACGGUCGUGACGGAGGAACCCACCACCACCACCACCCAAUCUAUUCCGCCGGCAGGAAAAGUGGAAACCGACGACCAAGACAUUCCAUCUGGAAAACUCAUCGUGACAGAUGUACAGAAUCAAGAAGAAGAUUUCCCUGGAACGAUUGAUGGAGCCCUUCCGGCAGACAUUCCGCCAGUCUCCCAACACACAAAACAAACGAUUCUAGACACUCCAGCAGCCGAGGAGGAGGUCGAGCGGAUUAUUCCGGAAGGAGACCUGAUCAUCCCCGUCAUCCAGCAGAAUCUUGAAAGCAUCAGUCUCGAAGUCAACGAUCCAGCAGCUGCUGUGGUGGUGGAACCUGUUGGUCCGUCGGCGGCUGACGACAUCGUCCAAGAUUCCGCCGAGCCCACGCCGAUUCAAGUGUCGGACGGCAUUCCGGUCGACGCCCCUGCUGAUGUUUAUAUCGGCGAAACUCUCGUUUCCGUUGCCGACCCUGCUAUUCCGGCAGCAGCUGAAGGUGAAUCGUCGAAAGUAGCCGGCCUUGAAGAAACACCCGGCCAGCAGCAAGUUCGGGCCGAUGUACUACGUGAGACCUCGAGCUGGAAUGCCCAGGCUGUAGAGGUUGAAAAUGCUGUCAAAGAAUCCAAGGAAGUUGAGCCGACCCAGGGAAAUGCGGAACUCGUCUACCAGCAGCAGUCAGUGAACGCCGAUGAAGGCAGCAGCACUCUUCCGGAGACUUAUGCCAGCAGCGUGAUUGUGGCUGAACCGGUUCCAGUUAUUUACAGCCACCAAGUAGCAACUGGGCCGUUUUUCGUCCACCAACCAGCCGCCAUUGUAUCUCCUCAAACAGAUUAUUACCCCAUGUCGGUCCGCCAAGGAACGGCCCGCUCCAUCGACUCGGUCGCUGCCACCCCUUACGGUUUACGAGUCCACAAAUUCGUGCCCACCUAUGGGGCAUUAGUGGGUAACGCUCCGCCAACUUUCGUUUACAACCAACAUCGUCGCCAAGGCCACUACCAGCCACAGCAACCAAUGCAACACUACCAGCCAACAGCAUACGCUGCUACCCGUUUUAUUCCGGCCGCCGCUCCCAUCCGGAAGAAGCACGGGCAAACUUACGGAAUGCGCUACGCGACCGUCCAGCAGGCCACACCCGUCCAGCUGCAUCAGACCCCAUUCAAGAAACUGCAUCACGUCGUUCGCCCCAAGGCUCCCAAGCAGCAGCCUAUUUGGUCUCCGCUUUACAGCACCCACGUCUACUAACGGAAAAAAUUCCAACGAAACAUUUUCCUUUUUUUUUCGGUUCUCUGCAUUUAUCAGUGCCCAUUUUUAUGUUGCCGCAUUUACAUUUUUGACGUCACAUGUGCAAACCCACACCUUUAACAGUGUCUUGUCCUGUUCCUCCUUUUUUUCUUUCGCCCCUUUUUUAUUUUGAAAAUAUAAUGCACUCGAACGCCUCGUAAAAA